AUGCAACGCAUCAAUGUGCUCAGUCUGACGGUGUUGGCUCUCAUGGCCGUUCUGUUACAACCAGCUCAAUCAGCUAAUAUCAAACAAUGUCCCGCUACCAUGUCUGCUUGGCUUUCGGAUGUGACGGAAAAGUUGUCAGCAACCUACUAUGAUUAUCGCUGUAUGGUUCGAGAACACAUUCGGGAGAAAUAUGCGAAAGACAAUUUGGGCGAGCAAUUGAUCGAAAUUUACGACAUUUUUUAUGAACGCCUGUCCGCGCGUGUUGCCCCACUCACGAAUAUGGCUUCACGCUUUUUGGCUUGA